UUUAUUUUCUUUCGCUCUCUUCCACGUUUCUCUCCACUGCGAUUCUGUUUCGAAACCCUAAUUUUUCUUUCUUGCAUUUAUCUUUUCAGAGCGAUUCUUUUCCGAAACCCUAAAAAAUCAACUCCUAUACAAAAGAUGCAGUCCAACGAAGAAAUCUUGAAGUUUCUUGGAGAAGGCGCAUACGGUUACGUAAACCUAGUCCGCUUCACUAAUCCCUCCGACGACGGCGGAUCUUCGUUUCUCUCCGCCGUCAAGAACUCUUACGACGAAGACUACGAAACUCUCCGAAGGGAGUUAGAGAUUCUUCUCCAACUCAGAGGAUGUCCAAGGAUCGUCACGUGUCUCGGAGACUCUCUUCAACAAGGUCUAAGCAGUUACGGUAACGUAGUCCACAAGCUUCGACUCGAGUACGCCUCCGAGGGUAGCUUGAACGCUUUCAUGAACCGUUACGCCGACAGAAAGUUGCCGGAGCCGUUGGUUAAAGAUUUCACGCGGAUGAUUCUUGAAGGUUUGGUCUCGAUUCACAGACACGGUUAUGUCCAUUGCGAUAUAAAGCCAGAUAACUUGCUCGUCUUCCCUUCUUCGAAACAAGAUUCAUCAUCGUACGAGAUCAAGAUUUCUGAUUUUGGCAACACGUUGGAGGUAGGAGAGGUUCCUAAGUUCUGGGAGAGUGAGUUUCCAUGGGUGGGGACUCCUAUCUACAUGCCUCCUGAGUCUGUCCGUGACGGCUUCGCCAACAAAGGAAUAGAUUUGUGGUCUGUGGGGUGUUUGGUGCUGGAGAUGUACACGGGGGUGAUUCCGUGGGAAGGAGUUAAUAUCAAUCUUCUAGCGACUCGUCUCCGUUGUGGUAAAGCUCCUGAGAUCCCUGAGAGUUUACCUUCUGAUGCGAAGGAUUUUAUCCAAACGUGUUUCUCAAGGGAUCCUGAGGAGAGAGGAAGCGCUUCUGAGUUGCUGUCUCAUCCGUUCUUGCCUCGUCCACAAGUUGAAGCAGAGGAGAAGAAAGCAAGAAACUCGUUUCUGUUGAAGCUGUUCAAGUUGAGAGUCAGACGAACAAGUUCCAACAAGAAAGAUGCUCUUGUUGUUGCAGACAAGAAGUUGAGGUUUUUCCCGGCAAAGGCAACACAGUUCAAGAGAACUCUGAACAAAGUCUUGAGGUUUAAGACUAUGAUGCCCAUGAAGAAAUCGACUGACUUCAGUUUAGUUUGUGUUCGUUAGCCUUUAGUUUCUCUGUUUAGACUGUAGUGUCUGUUGAUUAACGUUUAGUAUGUGUCUCUGUGUAGACUGUAGAUUCUGUUCACUUAAAUUUAGUGUCUGAUAAGUAUGUAUAGACUGUAGUUUCCAUUGAUUAAUGUUUUGUAUCUCUGUUUUAGACUGUAGCUUCUGUUGAUUAACGUUUAGCAUCUCUGUUAAGUAUAUAGCCUGUAGUCUCUGUUGGUUAAGUUUAGUAUAUUUGUUUAGUUUAAAGAUCAAAAUUUACAUGUAUCUCUGGUCUCAUUACAAUAGUAACUUUUAGUAUGUAGAUUCUGUUCAUCAACUUUUGCUGUCUCUGUUCAUCAAUGCCUAGUUUCUUUGUUUAGUAUGUAUCUCAGGUCUUAAAUCAGUAAGUUACUAACAUCAGUUUAGCUUGUGUUCAUUAGCCUUUUAGUUUCUCUGUUUAGACUGUAGUUUCUGUUCACUUACACUUAGUAUCUGAUUAGCAUGUAGACUGUAGUGUAUGUUGAUUAACGUUUAGUAUGUGUCUCUGUGUAGACAGUAGAUUCUGUUCACUUACAUUUAGUGUCUGAUUAGUGUGUAGACUUGUAGUUUUCAUUGAUUAAUGUUUAGCAUCUCUGUUUAGCAUAUAGCCUGUAGUCUCUGUUGGUUAAGUUUCAUAUCUCUGUUUAGUUUAAAGAUCAAAUAUACAUGUAUCUCAGGUCUCAUUACAACAGUAACGUUUAGUAUGUAGAUUCUAUUCUGUUCAUUAACUCUUACUGUCUCUGUUUAGUAUGUAGUUUCUGUUCAUCAAUGCCUAGUUUCUUUGUUUAGUAUGU